CGUUCAGACCAGACGGUGAUCAGCUGGCCUGUCAAAUAUUACGCAGCGCGUGUGGGUUUUGUUUGUGUUCUUGUGUCGUUUCACUAGCUACACGUUGAAGACAUGGCAGCCAAGAUAGAGCUUGCACCUCUCAGACCUUGGGAUGAUUUCUUCCCCGGAAGGGACCGGUUCGCCAAACCUGAGUUUGGAGAUUUAACAAAGUGGAACAACAGAGUGAUCAGUAAUUUACUGUACUACCAAACGAAUUAUUUCGCCGUGGCACUGGUGGUUUUCCUCAUUGUAGGGUUCCUGAACCCAUUUGGCAUGUUUCUGGGAGGAGCUGUGGUGACGCUGGUCUUCGUGGGUUCAGUGUGGGCAGGAGAGAACCAGGCCAUAGUUAAGAACUUCAAAAGGAAGAAUCCCACUCUGUUUGUCAUCGUGGUCAUGGUCACCAGCUACUUUCUGUUGUCGCUGUGUGGUGGCGUCAUGGUCUUCAUCUUCGGAAUCACCUUCCCUUUGCUGUUAAUUCUGAUUCAUGCCUCCCUGAGACUGCGCAACAUGAAGAACAGACUGGAGAACAAGAUUGAGGGAGUUGGGCUAAAGAAAACCCCCAUGGGCAUCAUCAUGGACCUCCUGGAUCAGCAGGAGGAGAAAAUGAACAAGAUUCAGGAUUUCAUUGAAAGCAAACUGAAGGAAUAAUGCUCUAGCCAAAUGUGCCAAAAUGUCCAUAGUAUAGUCCCAUUUGUUGAGUUUUUAUCCCCUAUAUACAUGUAAAGUUACUAAUGUUUGCAUUCCCAUUCUUUUUAUGCAUUUCGUUUUACUUUAUUGUCUUAUACUUUUGUGUGACUGUACUCACAGAUGGAUAGUAACAUUUUAGAGCACGAUUUGCACAAUCACAGCGUGGAUUGGAUGUUGAGAGGCACCAAAGGUUACCAAACGGCAUCCCUGUGUCAAAAUGUUCCAAAAACAAAUCAUUUCCCUUGUCAACGACACACUUUGUUCCACAUGAUGACUGAGUAUUUAUUUCAGCAAAAUGAAGCAGAAUGUCUGAACACAAUAUCUAAUGCUGUUAAUAGAUAUCAAUUGUGUUUGUUCUAAAGAAGAAAUCAGAUCCUUUCAGUUUGCUACCUCAAAACAAGCAUGUUUAAAUUACCCAACACCCAGUCAACUGUUAACUGCUUAUUAAACAGCAAUAACUCCCAUCUUGUCACUCCAAGAGCUGUAUCAAUACUGAUCUGAGACCGGUUUGCUUCUUGUGUAGACAUGGUUAUAUGGCCUGACUAAUAAUCCUGGAGUUGAAAUAUUCCUAUUCUCAAAAUAAAAGAUGUGUGCACACAGUUCCUGACCAUACAGGCUGGCCUGAGUGUAUCUAUUCUGAUCACAGCUAUGCAAUGUUGAAAAAUGAAUGGCAAGUGCCGCUUAAUUGUUUGAAUAUUAUGUCAUGGUAUGUACAUGUUUGUUGUUAUUUCUGAGGUGUCUUUAUUUUUUUAAUAUAGCAUGCAGGAAUGUAUAAAAUGGCUACAGGAUACAAAGUACAUACUUUUGGGAAUGAGACAAAAUGAGUGAUUAAAUUAAUUAACUUCCCAUGCUAUUUUCCCCAUUCUCUGUUGGGAUCAAAUCCUGUUCCCUGGUUAAAAAUAGAAUCUAAAUUAAAUCUGUCAUCUGUAACAUUAGGUGUUCUUUUUCAGUGCUGUUAGUCCUGAUAGUAAGAGCAGUUGUUUCCUGUUUGCUUUUCCACAUGUGCACAUUAACUGCAGUUUGUGCAUGCUGCCUUCACAAAUGGCAGUUCAGAAAGACUAUGUUAUAUGGAUGCUAUCUUAUAUAUUCUCUAUGUUUUUAUGUGACUUUUUCAUUUUUGCAAAGUGAUGAGAAUUGUGAUUAAAUCACAGAACUGGAAGUAAAACAUGGCUGUCCUCUAAAAAUAAAAAUAACCGGAUUUA